UUUUCUUAUUAUUUUUACCAAGUUCUUUUUUGUAUUUUUAUAUAAUAAAAAAAUAUAUAAAAAACCGUUGGGCCAAAUCCAAUAUCUGAAAGAGGCCCAUUUUACUAGCUGGACUGAAGAGUUGUGUUAAAAAGCCCAUUAUUAUCAAUUCUCGCCUACUUCACUAGACUAGACUUAGACUCUAUCAUCUAAAUUCUGAACCAAAAUCGUUACUUCAAGAGGUUUCGAAGUUGAAAACACCCGCGCCUUGAAUGUGGUCUACAGUUUAACUAAGCAGACACAAAAAUGGUGGCUUUACUUGCUUUGUCCAAACAUCCAUUUCCUUCUUUCUAUCCAUUUGGUUCUCUUUUUCUAGACCCAUUAAAACCUUCAUCAUUACCUUGUCGUUUCUCAUUAUCUUCAUACACUAUUUCCCAUAAUGAAGAGUGUUGUUUUUCCAUCAGUAAACCCCCAAAAUUUCAACUGAAACCGCCAUUAACACAAGUGUGUUUUCCACCCACUAAAUGGGAACUUGUCCAAUGCAGUUGUGUUGUAUCAACUCCGAGCAUUCACACUGAUAUGAGAAUGUUGUUUUCAUUCUUUCGGGAAGUGGGUCUUAACGAGGAUGAAACUGAAGUACUUUUGCUCAAGAAUUCAGCUCUAGCAUUGACAUCUAUGGAUUCCAUCCAAGCAAGGGUAUUUAGUUUAAAAUCAGUUGGAAUUGAUGGGUUUUCACUCUGCUCCUUAAUCACUAAAAGACCAACUUUAUUAACAUCUGAAGAAGUUGGUAAGUUCUUAAGUUUUGUUCUCAAUGAUUUGGAAGGAAAGAUUGAGACUUCACAGUUAGAGAUUCUUUUUGCAACUACAUCCCCAUUGUACUUGAUGGGUUUUGAUCAAAAGGUUAAUCUUCUACUUCAAAGAGGAGUUCCAAGAGAAAACCUUUAUAAUGUUCUCAACAAUUUGAGUUUAUCUAAGGCAUUAUGUGUUAGGCCAAUUGAAGAUAUUGAUAAAACUAUUGCUUACUUAAGCCAUUAUGGUGGCAUAGAUUUGAUUGUAAAACGUCCAAAGAUUUUGAAUUAUGAUCUUGAGAGGCAGCUUAUACCAAGAAUUGAGUUUCUUAGGGAGCUAGCUGGAGGAGAUGAGGAUGGUGUAGGGACAGUUUUGAGUAGGCUUCCCGCGAUUUUGAGUUACAGCGCGAAACAUAUGGAAGAUCAUGUUGUGUUUUUCAGGUCUUUUGCUGGUUUAACUGAUGAGGAAAUAUUCAAGAUUGUUGUUGUUUAUCCUAAUGUGUUUAGUGCAAGUAGGGAGAGGAAAUUGCAGCCUAGAAUAGAGCUUCUCAAACAAUGUGGGCUGAAUUCGAGGGAGAUUUUUAGAUUCUUGCUUAAAGCUCCUACAUUUAUUAGCCUUUCAUAUGAGAAGAACAUUGCUUUUAAACUAGUUUUGCUAGUAAAGAUUGGAUAUAGACAUAGAACAAAAGAUCUGACAAUCGUAAUGGGGUCUAUAACUAGAACAAGUUGCUUGAAUAUGCAAAAAGUAGUUGGGCUAUUCUUGAACUAUGGAUUUAGUUAUGAAGACAUCUUUGCUAUGAGCAAGAAGCAACCUCAGAUACUGCAAUAUAGCUAUGAUUCUUUGGAGAAGAAGAUGGAGUACUUAAUAGAGGAGAUGGGCCGAGAUAUCGAAGAGUUGUUGGCUUUCCCUGCAUUCCUUGGUUACAAAUUUGAUGAUAGAAUUAAGGCCAGAUAUGAAUUGAAAAGGAAGACUAUGGGCGACCGAAUGUCGCUUAACAAGCUUUUAACUGUUACCAGUGAGAGAUUUUCUCAAAAAAGAAGAGAAAAACCGGUUCUUGUGAAUGAAGAAGAGUGAAUUGAAUGUUAAGACAACAGAAUAAGAGAAAGUAGGAUGGAUGCAGAAGUUAGAGAGGAUGGAGAGUAAGAGGUAUGGAGAUGAUUGUUGAUCUCUAUUGUGUUGUUUGAUAUUAGCCUCUGAGGUGGGAAAGGUGGAAAAAAAAUUAAUUAGUAAAAUUAUAAAAUUCUCCUUUUUAACAUAAAUAUUUAUUACUUUUAAUGGAUAAUUAUUAUAUUUUACAAAUUUUAUUUUGUCUUUUUUACAAUUCUCCUAAAUUUGGAGGUAAUAAUUUUUUAAGAUUUGAUCUCUCAUGUCCCUCUUGCUAAACAAGAGAUUGAAUAUUCUUCCAUCACUCUCCUUCCACUUCUCUCUAUCCACCCAUCUCUCCCCCCUUUUUA